UCGCCGGGUGUGCAUCGUACACAGCACGCGCCUCCGGUAUUGAUUACCGCGACUCGGGCCGCAUCCAUUGAGAAGCGUCGUCGUCGUCGUCGUCAAGCGACUUGGCGUCCUAACGGGACGUCGGUACCUUACCGAAAUAGAACUAAAUCGUUUUGUUUCGUUUGGGAAUUGGUAUUCAGUUCGCCGGAGGCGAUAAGUGAGUGUGCAGUCGACUCCUGCGGUAUUUCGUUAUCAGUUCGAGAGAGAAAAGUCACUACUUAAUGGCUGACAACAAUCAUGCGGAAGAAGCCAAAGAAGAUUCUAACCAAAGAGGGAAAGGUGAUGACGUAAACCACUCACGGCAAAAACCCAGCGUUUGCAGAAGAUUGGACUUUGGAAGUGAUCAUGAGAAAGAAUUAAAUAACCUACUGUCCCUGUCGAAUGAGGAUUUAGAACGGCACAGACAUAAAGCCAUAGAAAAAUGGAAUUUCGAUUUCGAGAAUGAGGUUCCACUGGAUGGGGACUGGCAAUGGGAAAAAGUGCCAGUUCAGCCAUCUGAAGUAAAAGAAGUAAUAUGUACGUUGGAAAAAGAACGUCACGAAAACAGAACUGUUUAAAUUGUAAUAGGAACAUAAUGGAUUGUCAAAUUAAGUAUAUGAGUUGUUCGUACAUAAAGUGGAUAAAAAACAGAAGAAAAAAAUUACGGAAAUGUAAAACAACAUAUUUAAAAAACGUGAUUGUUUGCCUUUUCUGUUUAAAGGAAAAUAAUAUCAAGAAAGCAUACAAUAUAGUUUAUUAAUUUUUGGCCAAAGUAAGCAAAGCUGACGUUACCAAUUCACCCAUGAAGAAUUUUAAGUUAAUUUACACGAUUUCUAUUCCUUUUAUAUAUUCUUAUUUAUUAUUUAUAACAUUAAUCAUUAAAAAUAAAUUGAGCUGAAAUUGGUAUAUAUUUUGAUUAUAUAAAAAUUUUAAGUGUUUGUCUGGAAUCAAAAAGUGACAAGUUUGAGAGUUACAGCAUGUAUGAGGGGGUAUGUUUAUCGCAGACUGAUUAUUAUAAACAUUUUACUUUUUGUUUAAACUAUAAAGAACCUACUUGAUGUAUGUAAUGUACCUACCGUUUCUAUCCCUAUAAUGAAUUUUUGAAUAGCAUUUUUUAAGUCGAUUUGUUUUUUUAAUGUGAACAGUUGUAUACAAAUUAUAAUUACAUGGUCCAAAUUUCGAAAUUUGCUUAAUUUUAAGUAAAUAAGGCCAGUUUCACACGUUUGCAAUAAUUUAUCUAGUCGGGGUAGUGUAAUUUUAAAUUAUUUUUCAUAUAUUAUUUAAUGUAUUUUUUAGGGUUAUCUUUAACCCAAAAAACGGCUAAUAUACCAAAAAAGUUGUAAAUACUAGAUUACUAAGAAUAUUCUAUAUAAUGUAAAAAUGUGUAAUAAACAGCAUUUAUCUGGAA